AUGGCUACAGAAUGUAUCGCGACGUGUGCGGCGUUGACAGCAGGAUCUGGUGCGAGAGACACGCGGUGCAUUCUCUACACUUGUGCGGCAACAUCUGGACAUACUUAUGCGAAAGUCUCCAGUGGACUGAACGUUGCGUUCGCUCAAUUGCGAUGGAAAGAGACUGGAUCUACACUAUCGCUUGGUCUCCAGGAAGCCUUAGAAGUCAAUGAAUUGCAAAACCAAGUCUCGGUACAAGUGGAAUCGGCAGCUGAAGGUGGAAACGAGAGCGCUGGAUGCAAGUGCAGAUGUGGCGUGGUUGCAAGUGUCGGCUUGCAGUUUUUAGACCGGCCGAGGCCUCGAAGCGCUGUGGUUCAAGGACUGCAACGCAUUGCAGCACAACUGCUGGACGGUGUAGUGGUUUGGCAAGGCAGAAGGUCUUCUGUGAACUGGUUAAAUUGCAGAGAUCGUGUCGAGUUUGUAGACGUGAAGUGCGGGUCGACAGGGUCUGGAUGUUGCCACCAGCUUGGAACGAUUUCCAGCACUUCGAACGUCAGCUUGACUUUUGCUGGAUCGCCAGUCGUGCUCAAAGAUGGACUGACAUUUGAACUUGUUGAUACGUAUGUGGAACGAAUCGCGAGAGAAUUGGGAGGUGUUGAAAAGUACGCUAAGUGUUUGUUGCAGUCGAUUGUCCAGCGUCUUGGAAUGCAAAAGGAGAAAGAAGGGACAUUACAGCCAAGUGUCGGCGCACUAGUCAGUGGUCUUCCUGGUGUUGGCAAGACUGCGCUCAGUAGAGAAAUCUGUAAGUGCUUGGGUGUGACGACGAUUUUCCUGAAUGCAGCAGAUAUCUUCCAGACGUAUGUUGGGCAGUCGGAACAACAGUUGGUCAAGAUUUUCGAAAGUGCAGUGCUUCAGUCUCCAAGUAUUCUGCUCAUUGAUGGAAUUGAGGCAAUCGCUGGCUCUCGACGUGCUCUGACGGAUUCACAAAGCACGCUCGAGAUUGGCGUCUUGGGUGUGUUACUUUCAUAUCUGGAAAAAAUCAAAUCGUUGUCGCACCGGGUAUUUGUUCUGGGUACUACUACUCGUCCAGAAGAAGUGGACGCUGCGGUUGUAUCGAACGGAAGAAUUGACCAAGCUGUGCGUAUUGAACCUCCUGCGCAAAUUGAACGGCUUGCAGUUCUUCGAAUCAUCACAAAGCCUUGGCGUAGUGACAAGCUUGGCGAUAGUUUCCUCACUCGAGUAAGCGAGAGUACUGGUGGUUUCGUCGGUGCAGAUCUCCUGUGUCUUUGCCAGAAAGCGUUGCAAGUGUGCCUGAACGAGAGGUCAACUGCGAAUGUGGAAUACAACGCAAUAGUAUGCCCGCGCCACUUCGAGCAAGCACUUGCAGUAACCAAUCCAUCCGUCCUUCAGACGCACCACGUCUCGCAAAAGCAGCAGCAACCGGCAUCUACUUCCAUUCAAAAGCGUAACCACAACCAAGCUUCCGAUGCUUUCUCCGGUGUUUUUGGCAUGCUUGACGCUAUUGAAACUCUCCGUGUCUCCUUGAUAGAGCCGCUCGGAGACUGCAGCCGGUUUUUGAGAUUCGGGACUACACCACCAAAAGGCAUCCUGUUGACCGGUCCUCCAGGAUCGGGCAAGACACAUCUCGCGAAUGCAGUAGCCGAGCAGGUCCGCCGCCGUGGGCUGGCAUCAUUCGUGUCUGUGGAGUGCAGUGACUUACUGACAAAGAUUGUCGGCGAUACGGAAAAAGCACUCCGCGAGCUCUUUGACACGGCUAGAAAUGCCGCACCGUGCGUGCUGUAUUUUGACCAGAUCGAGAGUAUUGCACCGAUACGAGGUUUCGAUACGAGUACCGAGCAGACGUUUGAUCGGAUGCUGAGUAUGCUGCUUGUCGAAAUGGAUGGAUUCAGCACAAGUCGGACCAAGCUGCAGCAUAGCUUGACAAAUGAUGAAGCACGCAUGGCGUUUCUGAAGCAACACGUCGUUAUUCUUGCUUCAACGACAAACAAGGAGCUGCUGGAUCCAGCCAUUCUCCGACCGGGACGCUUCGAUGUACACAUUCAUAUCGACUUUCCGGACGAAGAUGCGCGGUAUGCGAUGAUCCUUCAAGCUCUAGAGACGGUUCCCGUGGAUUACUCGACCGACACUGCACUAGGUUCCCGCGAAGCGCUUGCUCGUCACAUGGCCAAGCACACCGCUGGCUUGUCCGCUGGAGACGUGAAUGCCGUUCUCCGCGAAGCUGCCAUGGCUUCUAUGCGCAACGAUUUAAGCUCGACAAUCAUCAGGAUGAAGUACGUGCUCCAGGCUUUGGGUGAAGUAACGUCAACGUCCAGAGCGGUAUCUUCCUCCCCCAUGGCAACACCGCUGUUCGCGCGUCACGACCGAGACAUAGACAAGACCAAACAUUCUCCCAGCAUCCGUCGAGCUCGGGGUCAUAGCGACCAAGCAAGACGAAAGAGCAGAAGCGCAGCGAGUAGAUCCUUCGAAUGA